CAAGCGCGCGGCCGCGCCUCGCCGACCGCCGACGCACCACCGCACCAGUCCGCGAGAAGUCAACUAAACGAGCCCAAAGGCAGAGACAAGGAGCUCGGAUGCGGCGGCGCGCGGAGGUGGCCGUGGUGGGCGCGGGCCCCGCGGGGCUGGUGGCCGCGCGCGAGCUGCUCCGCGAGGGCCACGCCGUGGCCGUCUUCGAGAAGUCAGGCCGCGUGGGGGGCACCUGGGCGUACGACCCGCGCGCGGACGCCGACCCUCUGGGGCGCGACCCGGGCGCCCCCGGCGCCGUGCACAGCAGCCUCUACGCGUCGCUGCGCACCAACCUGCCGCGCGAGCUUAUGGGCUUCUCGGGCUUCCCGCUGGCGGGGCGGGUGUUCGCCGGCGACCCGCGCACGUUCCCGGGCCACCGGGAGGUGCUCGCCUUCCUCGACGCCUUCGCCGUGGAUUCCGGCGUCGCCGCGCACGUCAGGCUCGGAGCCGAGGUGCUGCGGGUGCGGCCGCUCUGUCGGGGGCAGCAAGGGGAGCAGUGGGCGGUGGCGUGGCGCGGGGAAGACGGCGGUGUCGCGGAGGAGGCAUUCGACGCCGUCGUCGUCUGCAGCGGCCAUUGCUCGGUGCCUCUGCUGCCCAAGAUCCGAGCGAUGCUUGUGUUGUGUGUUACAGGAAUUAACGAGUGGCAGGGGAAGCAAAUGCACAGCCACAAUUAUCGCACUCCAGAACCAUUUCAAGAUCAGAGUGUUGUAAUUGUAGGAUUGGGAGCCAGCGGAAUUGACAUUGCUAGAGAAAUCUCACAUGUGGCCAAGGAAGUGCACUUCGCAGCUAGGUACUCUGAGGACAGGCUUGGAAAGAUUGAACUCUACCAUAACGCUUGGAUGCAUGGCGAGAUAGAAUGCAUCCAAGAUGACGGUCUGGUGCGCUUUGCCGAAGGUUCAUCUGUAGCUGCAGAUACCAUUCUUUACUGCACAGGGUACCGCUACCAUUUCCCAUUCCUCGACCUAGAUGGGUUCACCGUUGACGACAACCGUGUCGGGCCACUGUACAAGCACGUCUUCCCACCAAAGUAUGCACCAAAUCUCUCUUUCGUUGGGCUACCAUACAAGAGCAUCAUCUUCUCGGCACUAGAGCUGGAAUCCAAGUGGGUCGCCGCCGUCCUGUCGGGGCGUGCCACGCUGCCGAGCGAGGAGGACAUGAUGGCCAACGUGCAAGAGGACUACCAGCGCAUGGAGGACGCCAGGAAGCCGAAGCGCCACACCCACACACUGUGGCCUCGAUGGGUGGAGUACCUGAACUGGCUGGCGGACCAGGUCGGCGAGACGCACGUGGAGCCGCGGAGGUCCGAGAUGUACGAGAAGGCGCUCAGGUGUGUCUGGUCCCUGGACGAGGGUUACCGUGAUCGAUGGGAAGAAGAAAACAUUGGCUGCGGAUCACCCUAGGAUGAAGAGGAUGAGUUGCCGAUUAGGGUGGUUGCCGAUGGAGGAGAAGUUGAACGUAAUUAAGUCUACAGGCGGUGAUGUGUCUGUGCCGAUGCUAUGAUGAGAAAGUCUGCCGAUGACUAUGGCACGGGAGUCUGCCGAUGAUACGAAAGAAGAGUUCGGCAGCCGCUGAUGGUUUGUGACAGAGUUUCAGUUUGUCACGAGGGAUAGUUUUGUUGUUUCCUUAAAUAUUUAAAUCGUUUUGUAUACAGAUUCCGUGUAAUUUGGAAUUCGAAUUCUAAUCGUAUUUGGCUAUGGCUCUUUGAGCAGGGUAUAAAUAUAGACCCUAGGACCUUGUAAUGAGACAUCUAUCAAUCAAUAAAACAUAUGUUUCUACUCA